AUGAAAUUCUCUGCCUCCAGCCUUCUUGCCCUCACCAGCUCUGCUGCUGCCUUCAGUGGCCAAUUCAGCACGUGGUAUGAGGGUGGCGGCGAGGGUCCCGGCAUUCUGCACAUCUAUGUGACCGACUACAGCACUGGAUCAACCUAUGAGGGAAGGGAUUAUGAUGGGAGCUUGUCGAGCCAAGGGAAGGAAAUUAGCUUCGUUGAGACCAGCGAUGGUGACUACAGCUGGAACGCCUCUGUCUGGGUGACUAGCGAUGGAUGUUUCAAUAUCGAUUUCCAGGGCGCCUUUGGUGUCGGCCACGGUUACUGCUGCGGCGGCUUUCCCUGCAACCUGAGCGCCUAA